CCCGGAAGUGUCGCAUAUUGGGGGCCGUGCAAACAUGUCAACACCCGUAACUGUUGAACUGAUCACAUAUCCAAAUGUGUCCAAAUCCACGAUAACUACGAAAAUGGCGGGGUUUAGGAGAUUUACAAAUUAAGUACAUCCUUGCCAAGGGAUCGUGAAUAUUAAAGGCAUUUCACGAACUGAGAUGUCAGCUAUUGCGUCAGUUUCGUGGUAUAAUCUCAAAUCAUGUGUCCCAAAUCAUGUCAGUAUCAGCUGUUGAACUGUUUCCAGCAUUGGCUCUAUGAAUAGAAUGCUGACAGCCACUGACUGACUAUUUCUCCUUCCUCCAGUCAUGCAAACAGAGUUUUGUGACAACAUGGCUGCAGCUUUCCCACAGGGAGGUUUCCACACAGACGAGUCGGACAACAUCGUGAGAAAAAUAUUGAAGGUUGUCUGUCGCCACCAAGGCUGCUGCAUUGACCUCAAUGUCCUUCAACGAACCUUUCAACGAAUGGGUCAGAAAGUUCCAAGAAACCUCCUGGGUCUUCUAGAAGACUACAACAACAACUUCUUUGUAGAGGACAACAACGUCACUGCUUUCACAAGCCUUGAACUCUGCCCCAAACAUUGUAAGAGGAACGGGUACUGCGAGGAGGAUUACUGUGAGAAACUCCACAUAUGCAAAUUUUUUCUUCUUUCAAGCUGUCAUUUCAGCCAAAAUGGCAUUCCUUGUCAAUUUGGUCAUGAUCUGGACUCUGAGCACAAUAAGACAAUACUUCAACAAAAUCUGCUGGACGAGCUCACAGAUACUGAAAUACAACAAUUGUUCCAAAGCAGGAAUAGUCGGGGUGCAACCACCAUACCUCUGAUUUGCAGAUUUUAUAACCAUCUUAAAGGAUGCACGAAAAAUAACACGUGUCCCCAUUUACAUAUCUGCGAAUACUACAUUAAGGGAGCCUGCAAAUUUGGUGCUUCUUGUAGAAGAAACCAUGAUAUAGACACUCAAAUUAAAAGAGUUUUGAUAAAAUUUGGAGUCAAUGUCAGUCAAAGACCUAAGGACAUUCUUGAUGAUAUCAGAAAAAUGUCAGAAAGGGCAAAUAACUCUAACCUACAAUCACAACCAAUGAGAAAGUUCAGUUCUAUGCCAAUGCUAGGGAAACAUGGAGUUCCACCCUCACGGCAUCAAAGGUCCAGACCUUACAGACAUAGUAAUGGUCCAGAGAAUGAAACUGAUCAGACGUCAGAUGAAAUAUGUAUGUACCAUCUGAGAGGUGCUCGUGGUUGCUGGUUUAAGGUAGCUUGUGCAAAGUUUCAUAAGCCAAAGAUAUUCCAGUGGCAAUACCUUGGUGAGACAGACACGGAUUGGGUCGAUUUUGAGGAUUAUGUCAAUGAAAAGCUGGAGUCCACAUUUUGCAAUGUUGAACGGUCUGAAUGCACAGUUUUAUUUGACGAGUCCGAUAGUGAGGAGGGAGAUGAUGAUGAUGAGGAUGAUGCGAUGAUGGUGGACUUCAACAAUAUGCAAGCUAGCGAUAAAGGGAGACGAUACACCGUGCGGCGCCUUGGUACAGCAUCCCAUGUAGCAUUGCCUCAGCACAUUGCAAAGAGUUUCGUGGGUCAGGUGACUCGAUGGAUAUGGUACUGGUAUGAUGACCGAUUACAACAGUGGAGGCAAUAUGGGAAUGUGGGGUCAGAAGGUCAAAGAUCAGACAUUGACAGUGACUUCAUUGAGCAAGCAUUUGCUAGAGAUCAAAAUGGCUAUGUUGACUUCAGAGUUGGGACCAGCAAUUACCGACUUCGAUUUGCCAAGUUUCAACAAAAGAACAGAAGAACAAAUACACGGAGACAAGUUCGACGGAGGCCCACCUAUAUGUGAUACCGAUGGAUUUUGUAUGUCUUUGUUGUUGAACUUACCUCAGCAGCAUUAGUAUGACCAUAUGAUGGUGGCUUGUAAAUAAUUAGAUAAUUGUUUUGUAAGUUUCUGAGGUGUAGUAUUUGAAUGUAUUAUCAUUAAGUUUUCUAAGAAAGGUUGAAUGAUACAAAUAACUGCUGCUCCAUGAAAACUUAUACAGUUCUGAGACUUGUUCGUUGUUAUGUCUGAGGUCGUCAUUUAAGGUCAAGGUCAUGAACUCUCAAGGUCACAGCAAGGUUGGUAUCAUUAAACAUUCAUAUGAGAGAUUGGCAUGCAGUGGUCAUGUGACUCCCAAUUAUGGAUGAUAUCUGACUUGAGUGUUUCAGUUCACCUAUUUUGUGAAUUUACACUUGCCUAACAUUUGUUUGUUCAUUUUUUUUUGUUUUAAGCGAGUCAGCAAUAUUACAAGUGUAUCAUUACUACCUGUUAAUAAUGAAAUCUGGACCAGACAAUCAAGUGAUUCAUGCCAUUGUUGGCACACUAACACACCACCAACCAAGUCUAGCAGGAGACGCAUACCACACAACUCCCCCAUGUGAUAUCUACAUGAGACUAAAAGUGUAUUUAUCUCAGAUAUAAAGUGUGGUAAUUUAUAUGUCCCUAUGGUCCCUAAUGUUAUUUGAGUAGCAUUUUAUUUAAAAAGUUUCCAUAUUGAGCAGUGAAUAUAGGCUUGCUUAUUUCUCUAUCAAAUUUAACCCAUUAUCUAUGGUUUAGAUAAUCUUGUCUUUGAUAAUUGUCAGUUUUCUGAUCAUGGGGAAUGUUGUAGUAUGUGUAUUAGCAUUAGUUUAGUGAUCUCAUAACACAUUUGUUUUGAGGUGCCAAAAAACGAACCCAAAAAUAUGUUUUAUAUCAGUUUUUUUCUACCCUUUCUAUAUUGACCUGAUAUUUUUUUCCAUUUCUGUAUUAGUGCAAAGACUUGGCAGGAAGAAAUUAAUUAAUGAAUUAAAUCAGAAUUGUAUAUAUUUUAUUUGUGGUCGUUUGGGUCAGUGGAUCUGUAAAUCAAGUUUGGCCAAAGUAGUAUUUUUCAGAUAUUCAUGGCUGCCACCCUCAGUACCAAACAACAAACCUCACAUCAUUUUGUUGUUCAUGAUCACCUGCAUAUGCAGAAAACUGCUACGUGUAUUGCAUGUGAUUACUGAACUACAGUCCAGCGUGACCACAAUCAACAAUCAGGAUGCUAUAACACAUUUGUGACCGAUAAAAGUGACCAUUCCUGUCUGUUCCUGAUCAGCACCUACUAUAAAAAAAUGUGUCCAUGUUGGUGAAAAAUCUUGUCUUAUCCUGAACCAGAUCAGUCAACAGCUUAUUUGCCUUCAACAUUUUGUUUAAAAACUUUAUGUAUUCUGGAUUUAUUCAAAUCUAAAACCGCCAUGGAAUCUAGGAUUGUUGUGUCCAUCAUCUUAUGAUUCUAUUCAAUCAGAAAAGACUGUCAGCAUGUUAGGUAUACUGUGUAGUGAAACAGUUCCCUUCAUAACUGAAGACUGUAAGUUUUCAUUCCAAAAUAGAAAAAUAUUAAGGUUAAAGUUUAUAUAACAUGGCCAGCAGACAUGAUUUAUGUUAUAUAAUGUGCUGGUUAUGGUGAAGUGAGGUGAAAUGGGGUUUAAUGUCGCGUCCAAGAUUAUUGCACUUAUAUUGCGAUGUGCAUGUACGUGUGUGUGUUUGUGUGGCUGCUUGUACUAGUCCGGACUGAUGCCGAUUUAUAGUGCUAGCUCACUGAGAUACCGUGCCUCAGUUUAACAUGAAUACCCCACUCAGACAUAGUAUACUCCGAUAUCAUUUUGAAUUUGUUUUAGUUAGUUUAGUUUUACAAUGGCAUAUUAAAACAUGUUGGUAAGAUAAAUUCAUUGUAGUAGGAUCGCAUCGGGUACAUAGGGAAUUAUGCAUCCCUCUUUAGGUUUUUAUACCACUCAUCUUCGGCUCGUAUUAAAACCUAACGAGGAAUGCAUAAAACCCCAUGUACCUCAUGUCCUGCUACAACAAAUAGUGUUACUCUACAUAAACAACAGAUAAGAGAUCCGAGUGUAUGGUGCUUAAAAAUAAAACUUUUUUUCCAUUAUACAAACUGUUUACAGAUGAAAAACAUCUAAUCACCAAGAGAAACAGACACUGUUCUUAAACGUAUUUAAAAUUACACAAAACUCUGGAAAACAUUUAAUGAUUUUGUAUCUGAUCUGUCUGUUGUAUGUAUCAAAAUCGGAAUAAGGGGUGGAAUGGAGAGCGGUUUAAAGCAUCAGGUGCUGAGAUCGUAUCCCCUUAUUGACAUCACUUCCCUUAGUGUACAGUACAAUCACCCUAUGCACUCCAAAAAGACCACUCAUCCAUUGAUAAAUGACCAGGGCUCACUUGCACAAAGCAAUCUUAGCGCUAAGAUGAGCGUAACUCCCAUACUUUAACAUAGGCUUACAAUAGUCUUAGCGCUAAGAUUGCUUUGUGCAAGUGGACCCAGAUGGUGGAAGCAGGCAUAUGUACAUACACCAGAAACACAAAUAUCAAAAACAUGCAGUGUCACCCUGGACGAGUGACUUAGUUCAAAUGUGCCUCUAUUCAGUCGUAAGGGUCAACGCAUACAUUUUGUUUUUGAGAUAUUAUAAAGUUUGAUCUAUAUUUGUGGUGGCAUGUAGUCCUAUGCACAGAGCACAGGUCACAAAUCAGGUGAAGUUCAGCAACAUCGGUCGCGGAGAGUCCUUGGAUGGAUGACCAUGUUUUGCAGCUUGGCUCCUGAGAGCCUCCAUGGUUUUAGUCCUGCCCCACACUGAAGCAUA